AUGUCGUCUGGAAAAGUGAUCGUCUACGGUGGAAAAGGAGCUCUCGGAUCUGCCAUCCUGGACUUUUUCAAGAAAAAUGGAUAUACUGUCCUCAAUAUCGACUUGAGCGCCAACGAUCAAGCUGAUAGCAACAUUUUGGUAGACGCCAACAAAAAUUGGACCGAACAGGAACAAUCAAUUUUGGCGCAAGCCGCCUCUUCUCUUCAAGGAUCUCAAGUCGAUGGUGUCUUCUGUGUCGCCGGUGGAUGGGCUGGAGGGUCUGCCUCCUCGAAGGACUUUGUCAAAAAUGCCGAUUUAAUGAUCAAACAAUCCGUUUGGAGCUCCGCCAUCGCUGCCAAGCUUGCUACCACUCAUCUCAAGCCAGGAGGUCUUCUCCAGUUGACUGGUGCCGCUGCUGCCACUGGACCAACACCCUCUAUGAUUGGAUACGGAAUGGCAAAAGCUGCCGUUCAUCAUUUGGCUAGUUCAUUGGCUGAAAAGGACUCUGGACUACCGGAAAACUCAUCGGUCUUGACGAUUCUCCCAGUUACGCUGGAUACCGAAAUGAAUAGAAAAUGGAUGCCAAAGGCAGAUCAUUCAAGCUGGACUCCAUUGUCCUUCAUCUCGGAGAACCUUCUUAAAUGGACCACCGAAUCGUCGAGCCGCCCGUCUUCCGGAGCUUUUCUCAUAAUCACCACUGCUAAUGGAGAGUCAACUAUCACCCCACAAUAA